AUGGAGGUAUAUUCAGGAGAGGAUGUCUCCAACCACCACGAAGUCGAGGAUAUUCCGGAGUGCUUGAGACCUGAACGCAUCAAUCUUGGGUUGAGCCCGAAAUAUUGUCGUUGGUGGACGCCGAAAGAUGCGUUCCGAGAAUUCUAUCAAAAUCUGAAGGAUGGGAUCAUUGCAUCCUUUGACAUCGAGCCGAGCGAUUUCAGAGCUGAUGUUUCGGAGAGCACAGGCCUGAUCGCCAUUACCUUUCGGGCGAGGACUGGUCUCCAGCCGCUCGGCUUCAUCAAGUUCAACAGAACCACCGGAACUCUUCUCAUGUCAAACUUCAAAGCCAAAUUACUACGAAGACAUCUCAUCAUAGGAGAGAGCGAUAAAGGAGACAACAAGGCCUUCGCUGGCUGCCAUGGUGAAGGGUUCAAGCUUGGAGCACUUGUCAUGAGUCGUGCCAAAUACUCUCUCGAGAUAGAUUCGAGCUCGCACUAUCUUAAGUUCGGAUUUUGUGGCCGCGGACGUCACGAAAGUCUUCGAUGCAACAUUACAGCCGCGGGAGUGAAAGGUGUGGAGAGAGAAAAGGCUGCAUUCACUCGGAGGACUAGUGUGCCAGGACUCCGAAGGGAACUCAAAGCCAACAUUUGGGAAGACACGACGGUAAGAAUUGGAAUGUCAAGGACAGAUAGGGUUGGCAAGGCGAUACCUGAAGAAGAGUUUCGCAGAUGGCUAAAAGUCAUACUCGAUCUACACGCACCAGUCAACAACGAGAUCUUGCGCACCCGCUACGGUGAUCUUCUUCUGGCACAUGACUUCAAGGGACGAGUCUACCUGAAAGGCUUGCUAGUGUCUCAUUACGGCUUAGACGGCAGGGACUAUGCAUUUGGCUAUAAUUUCCUUGCAGGCAAAAUCGGUCGUGAUCGGGAAAGACUGACAAGCCGACGCGAUGAAGCUCUGAUGUUGACAAAGCUUUGGGAAGAGGCAAUCCGGAUAGCAGGUGAACAGUCCAAUGACCGUGGUCACAUAACAGACCUCUACAUCGACCUGUUCCAACACGCUGAGAAAGCCCCUGAUAUCUCAUUGGCAGACCAAUAUGUAUCACCAACUCUCGCGAAGACAAUCUGGUUGCGAUUGAAAGCUCGAUACAAUCAGUCGUUUUUCUACUCGGAGAAGGAGGCCGACGAGCAAGGUGUGACAGACAGAUAUGAAGACAUUAUCACUAAGGACCUCCAACAGGAGCCUUUUAAACUCGCAAAGACCUUAUGGCGCAUACUGAGGAAGUAUUCGUUGGCUCGUACAGCUUACGAGCAGAAGGUCUUCAACUUCUCAACGUCACCACCGAUCUCGAUCCCGGAUACUCCGUUCUGUGCGACCAUUGUGCGCGCGCUUCGCAGCUCGCUCAAGCUGCAUCAAGCCCUGCAAGGAUAUGAGGUAGGAUUCGUGAAAGGCGGAUUAUCCACAGUCGAUGUUCUGGUCGACAACGAAGAGAAGGUACUCCAAAUCCAUGACAAGUGGCUCGACUUUGCUAGAAUCCAUGAGGGUGCGGCAUGUGAUUUCUUUCAUGCCAUAGAUGGGCAGCUGAAAGAAGAAGAAGAAAACAUAUUCUUCUGCGACCAUAUCAUACAAGACCUGCUGAGGCUGGCGCUUGAUGAGUUGAGCGGCCCGUUGGGACUGCACCCCAGCAGCUGUUCAGGCCUGCGAAACACAGCCGCCAUGAAACUUCAACGGCUACCACGCCAUAUUCAGUUGUCUGCACCUGACUCAGGCUUAGGUAUCGUGGUUACUUGGGCUGUGACACACAGCGGCCUAUUCUCCGAGAAAUAUGGAGGCAACUUCACCUACCAUGUCAUCCUGCAUAACAUGAGCACAUGCGCGCUCAAGCGAAGCGAUCUUCUGAACAACAUUGGUUGUCCUGAGAAUAUGGCCGAACCUGAGAUGACAUGCCAAUGUCCAACUCAGAGGAUAUGCGGAAGGAAGCUUGAGGCUGUGUUCUCCGACUUAAAUCCGGCCGAACACUACUUCGCUAUGGUCUCGAGAGCCGAGAACAUGGCUUUCUUCGGUGUGCCUCCAGUAGCCAUUUCGCCAGCCGAAGCAGCAACAAUCACACCAGAAGCAUAUACUCCGACUUCGGAACCAGCUAAUGCGAAUACUUUCGUCGCAGAGGCAGAGGUUGACUCCGACGAUGAGAUGGACAUGUCUACCCCUAGAUGUGAUGACCUCCCAGAAGACAACAUCGACGCACAGAACACUGUAGCGACACUGCGGACACCAGUUUCAGCUCUUGCUCCUGCACAGUCCUCGGCAACAUUGCCAACAAGACAUCGCGAGUGCAUCAUAAUUGGGGACGAAAUUGUCAGACGAAGAUUGCGGCAUCACGACGAGGCCGAUUGGCAUGAAUGGCACACUGAAAAGUUACCUCGAUUGUUCUCUCAACUCAUCCCGGGACAUCUCUGGAGAGAUGCGGUCGGUUCACCCUGCUAUGCUUAUGAGUUUGCAAAUCCGGAGACGGAUCCGGGAUAUGCGUUCCGAAAGAACGAAUACGCCCACAUUUCCACGGUCGAUGGCGACUAUGUUGUCCUCGUCCGUGAUAUCUGGCAGGCCGACGACAACGAUGGUGAAGACGACUAUCUGGUGGUCACCAAGUACUCUUUCUUGCGUUCCACCUACCCAUUCUGUGCUGGCAAUCGCGAAGCGCAUACAAGAAUUCAUCAAAAUGAGUUGAUUCUGCAUUUUGGAAACUUCAACAGCAUGGGCACAGGACCAGAUGCGCAAAUCAUACCAAUCUCCAACAUCUCAAGAGCUCACGAGCUACCGGACAACGCAGCCGUUGAUUACAUUGUCGAAACUCCUGAAGAUGUUGAUGCAGGACCAUUUUUCUGCCGAUUUGCAAUUAGCACCAAGAGAACUAUGGGUGCAGCUUGUCUUACACCUGUAUCGACUGACCUUCUAGGCUAUCAACAACGCUGGCCUCGUCCGAGAUACUCGGAUGCAAUUGAGCCUGUGGUACUGGAUGGUUCGCCAAAUGUUUUGGGUACUUCGGAAGGAUUUUCUCAAGCAGGAUUCAAGGUACUGGCAGCUCUAGGUUUUGACAAGGAUCACCACAGUACCUGGAAGGUACGAUAUCCCUCCGCUGAAUUGUAUGAUGGUUCGCUCGCGCAGAUCCGGGCCGACGUAAACUCCGCGAAACUCCCUGAGCUUACACAUCCAAUGCCUUCGAAAGCAGUGGUGGGUAUUGUCGCUGGUGGCACCAAAUGUUUCCGACGGAACGGGGAAAACACCCAAAUGCCGUCGUUGAACGAGUUCUUGCGCCCCCUCAGAGAUAUUCAAUCCCACCCCAGAUUCAAUAUGGAUUACCUUGCUCUAUUGAUGCCACCAGCUGUGUUGCACAGUAAGGCGGUAGGCACCUUUUCGACGAGCAUCCUCGAUCUCUUGGAAAAGCGAAAGUCAGUACAUAUAGGUCUUACCUUGUCGCGCGACAACGGCCUUCCUCUCGAUGGGUCUACUCUUGUCAUUGUUGCUUCACCACUAUGCAGUGCACUCCCAUGGGAUGCUUGGCCGAAGGUCGACGACAUACGCCCGGUGACCGUCGGAGAGGUUAUUGCGGACUUGCAAUCACCCAAUCCUCGUGCGAUGCCUGGCAGCAGCGUUGGCUUUUCGUGCUUGCUUCCAGAUACAGAAGGAUGUGACGACGCAAGUCCUCGCCGAGUCUGGAAUCACAAUACGACGCAGCGUCCAACGACCGCCGAGGAUGCUGUUGUUGUGGAUGCUACUCAAGGUCUUUCUGUGUUCAACGGACCGAAGAAUUGGGUCCAUCCAGUGCGACAGGAUCUCCUUAGCAUUCGAGAGCUUGCUCGGAUUAUUGGCUUUCCUGAUGAUUUCGUGUUCUACGGCCCUGACGAUCUGGCAUAUGAUAGUCUAUGCAAAGCAGUGCCGCCCGUCCUGGCUAAGAAUGUCGCAAAAGUCAUUUUACGAGCAAUUGCAGGUUCAUCUCCUGCCACGGCGAAUGGUCCAGGAAGCGCGCGGGGACAGAAGAGAGCGAGGGUGGAUGUGGACAACCAGACGGGCUAG